AAAAAGAGGAAAGAAAAACUAACAGGCUCGAUUUGUAAAAAUAUUAUUAAAUGAACAAAGUUAUAUAAAUAUUUGUAAAGACAGAGAUAGAGACAGGAAUAAAGAUAGAGAGAGAGAGAAAAUUAGUAUAUCAAUGAUCAGUCGCAAAUAAAAUGAUGAAGAACUUUUUAUUAUGAGCAGAGUUAGUCGUAAGAUGCAUGUUCUCAAAUGACGUCAAGUCUGUUCGUCGACGUUGAUUGUCGACGUUGUCGGUGGCCUGCGAUUCGAGAGUGCACGCGUUAGUAACGUGCGCCCGUAGUAUUCUCGACGACGAAUUUCGGAAAAUCCUCGAAAUAGAGUAUACCGAGUACGAAGUAAAGCCAACACACGGCACCGACCUUCUGGUUUCACUAUACAUAGUUGAUCGUCGCUGAAUCUAAAUUCGGAACGUUAGAAACGUGAUAUUCAAUUAAAACAAUCGUCAUAUGUGAUUAAGGUUAUCUGUGAAUAUAAUAAUCUCGAUGGUAUUGUUGAAGCAAAAAAAAAAAAGAAAAAAGAAUAUGAGAGAGAGAGAGAGAGAGAGAGAGAGAGAGAGAGAGAGAGAGAGAGAGAGAGAGAGAGAAAUGAAAAGAGGAUAAAAAAAAAAAAGAAAAAAAAAUAUUUCUUCAACGUUUUAGACUAUAUUUAACCAUUGGGAGAUCGAUUAUAGUUUUGAUUAUUUUCUUAGGACGAUCGAAUAAACAACAGCAACAAUAUUUUCUUGAAUUGGCCUUCGAGAGAAUCCAAGUGGACCGGUAGAAGAAUAAAGCUGAGCGUCAUGGCGCACAAAACUACUACGGGUUGCCUGCCAAGGAUAGAAAUUUGGAUGUUCAGGACUUGUCUGCCAAUUGUACUCCUGCUUAUCGUCGUAUCUCAGGAGAGCCUGGGUGGACAACACGAGAAACGAUUAUUAAAUAACUUAUUGUCGAAUUACAAUACUUUGGAACGACCAGUAGCCAAUGAGAGCGAACCACUGGAAGUUAAGUUUGGAAUAACUUUACAACAAAUUAUCGACGUGGAUGAAAAGAAUCAGAUAUUAACGACGAACGCAUGGUUAAAACUGUCCUGGACCGAUUACAAUCUACAAUGGAAUCAAUCGGAAUAUGGCGGAGUGAAAGACGUCCAUAUAACACCGAACAAGCUUUGGAAACCGGAUAUCCUCAUGUAUAAUAGCGCGGAUGAGGGUUUCGACGGGACGUACCAAACAAACGUGGUGGUCGCGCAUAACGGCAGUUGCCUGUACGUCCCACCGGGCAUCUUCAAGAGCACAUGCAAGAUAGACAUCACUUGGUUCCCCUUUGACGACCAACACUGUGACAUGAAGUUCGGAUCCUGGACCUACGACGGCAACCAGCUCGAUCUGGUCCUCGAGUCAGAGAAGGGAGGUGACUUGUCCGAUUUCAUCAUGAACGGGGAAUGGUACCUCAUCGGUAUGCCUGGACGAAAGAAUACUAUAGUAUAUAAGUGCUGUCCGGAGCCGUACGUCGACGUGACCUUCACGAUACAGAUACGCAGGCGAACGCUAUACUAUUUUUUCAACCUGAUCGUGCCCUGCGUCCUGAUAUCGAGUAUGGCCCUAUUGGGUUUCACAUUGCCGCCCGAUUCCGGAGAGAAGCUCACCUUAGGAGUGACCAUCUUGCUAUCGCUGACGGUGUUCCUGAAUCUCGUUGCCGAGACCCUACCCCAGGUCUCCGACGCUAUACCCCUGUUAGGGUCGUACUUCAAUUGCAUCAUGUUCAUGGUGGCGAGCAGCGUCGUCUUGACCGUUAUGGUGCUAAAUUAUCAUCACAGAACGCCCGACAGAUACGUCAUGCCUAAUUGGAUCAGAAAGGUGUUCCUACAGUGGCUGCCAUGCAUAUUAUGCAUGAGCCGUCCUGGCAAGAAGAUCACGAAGAAGAGUCUUCUUGUGGGCAAUCGGAUGAAAGAACUCGAGUUGCAGGAGAGAAGCAGUAAGAGCUUGCUGGCGAACGUUUUAGAUAUCGACGAUGAUUUUCGUCAUGGAAACAGUGCUGCCAAUCCAGCUUCCACUUAUAUAAGCAGGUCGGCGUACGGCACGCCAUUAUCCGGACGGCCGGCGACGGUCGAAGAAACGUCGGCGUCUUUACCGCUAAGCGGUAUGCAGAGAGAACUUCACACGAUUCUCAAAGAAUUACAGUUUAUCACGAGUCGUAUGAGAAAGGCCGACGAAAACGACGAGGUGAUUAACGAUUGGAAAUUUGCUGCCAUGGUGGUCGACAGGCUCUGCCUGAUCGUCUUCACGUUAUUCACGGUGCUGGCCACGGUCGUAAUACUGUCUAGUGCGCCACACAUAAUCGUCCACUAAUAGACUGCCCCGGUCGAGACACCGAAGAUAAUGCACAAAAAAUCGUCGCUGAAAUAGCGCCACCUCGAAUUUGAAGCAACGUUCGCGCGCGUGAUUUGCGGGACCGACACUCUACUACUACUACACUACUACAACUACUACUAGUACUACUACUACUACUACUACUGUUACUACUACUGCUACCACUACUAUUAUUACUACUACUACUACUACUGACGAAAGAGAAAGAGAGAGAGAGAGAGAGAGAGAGAUAGAAAAAAAGAGAGAAAUAAUGGAGAAAGAGAAAGGAUGAGAAAAAGGAAGAUACCGGGAUAAAGGACGAAAAAGGGACGGGGAUACAACAACGAUCGAAGAAAAAACGAGCCUGAACAUCGAAGAGCUCUUUGACAACGGAGCUUCGUCAUUAAGAGGGAAUACAUCCGUCGAAAAUCCUUUGGACUACUAAACAUCGUCCAUUUCACCAACGCCGUCAAUCUCGCCCUAUUCGUCGUACCUUUCGUUUCGUCGAUUAACAAGAGAUAAGAGACAAGAGAAAGAGACAGAUAGAGAGGAAAAGUGAGAGAGAGAACGAGAGAGAGAGAGAGAGAGAGAGAGAGAGAGAGAAAGGAAGAACCCUAUUUACCACGAUUACCAACACUUUUUUUCUUUCGUAUCGAUCAUUUUUCUGUUCCAAAUAAAAGAGUAAAAAGAAAAGAAAACAGCAGAAAAACAAGAAAAAGUCAAAAAAAGGAUGAAAAAGAAAAUGAACAAAAAUAAAUAAAUAAAAAUAAACAGGGAAGGCAAUUCAAGUCGAUGAUGAAAUUUUCGACAAUGUUCAUCUUUUUUUCUUUGCUUUCUCUUCCUCUCUCUCUCUCUCUCUCUCUCUCUCUCUCUCUCUCUCUCUAUCUAUCUAUCUCUCUUUCUCUCUCUCUUUCUCUCUCUCUCUCUUUCUUUCUCUCUCUCUCUCUCUCUCUCUCUCUCUCUUUUGGAAAAGAGAUCGGAAUAAAUGAUAUUCAGACUCUUCGCGAUACGCGCGAUUCCUCGAACGAACGAACGUCGUUAAAAACCCGGCCUUUCACGGCGGCGUCAAUAAUGAUAAUAAUAAUAAAUAGUAUAAAUAGCUAAAAAGGAAACUAUUAUAUUCGAAUCGCUUAGCGCGCGCGCUCUCGCUCUCUAA